AUGGAAGAAAAAUGGAUAAAACACUAUAGUAACAAUCAUAAGAUACUACUUGUGGGAGAAGGUGAUUUUUCUUUUGCACUAUCUUUGGCAAAUGCAUUUGGUUCUGCUUCCAACAUGGUAGCAACUUCUCGUGAUUCAAAAGGGUUAUUGAUAAUGAAAUACUCGAGAGCUUUUGCAAUUUUGGAAGAACUAGAGACACUUGGUUGCAGCAUUGUACAUGAAGUUGAUGCAUAUAGUGUCCACAAGCACCCAAUGUUACAAAAUAAAGCUUUUGAUCGUAUAGUCUACAAUUUCCCUCAUGCUGGAUUUGAUUUGGCUGAGAAUAAUUUGAACCAAAUUGGGUAA